AUGGCACCCAAGAGAAGACAAGCUGCUGUCGCAACCCGCAGCUCAUCCAGAUUGGCGAAGAAAGCUAGGGUCGCUAGUCCAGAGCCAGAGGUAGAAGCCCCAUUGAUAAAAGUGCAAGAGUCGUCGGAGGAUGAGGCACCCAUUCAUCGUGACCCUUCCCCAGAAAUCGAAAUCGAAGAUCCCAUCAAAAGGGAACCGCGUUCUGCUUCACCAAGAAGUAUCGCACCAUCAGUUAAUGAUGACCAAGGAUCCGGGUCAGAGAGUGACGAAGAUGUCCAGGACGAUUUCGACGAUAUUGACAUGGAUGGUGAUGACGAGGCCGAAGACGUCCGGGAAGAUCCCGAGGAGGAUGAAGAGUUCUCAGAAGAUGAGGAGACCGAUCCUGAAGAUUACGAUGUAGAUUCCGAUGAUGCGUACUACGAAAUGGUUCGGCAAAGACGUAUCCAGAACGACGAUCAACUUUCCGAGAUUGAGCUACCACCACUGUUCAUGGAGACGAUCCGUAGUGGAGAGGGCGAUGCUGAAUUCUGGGAAGACCCACGUCUCGAAAGCACCCAGAGAUCGAACAAACUUCCCAACCUGAUGGGAAGAGACGGGACAAAAAUCACCAUCCCACUCGAGAUAUGGAUGGAAAUCUUCAGCUGGCUCGAUAUCAUCACCGCCAUUUCAGUAUCUUUGACCAACGUCUUCAACUAUGGAAUAUUCAAUGAUACAUUUGGGGACGAUGAUGGUGUAUAUAGGGAAGUUGUUCCCCUAGCAUCCUACGAGCCAGUUGAGCCCUGGGAUUCAGGUAUCUUUGAGAAACCCUUCCCAUUUCCGCCGGCCAUCAACAAGAAGAUUUGUCUCCAAGAUGUUCUCCAUACCUGGUUUCCCGCAACCCUCACAUGGGUUCAUUACGGCGAAGACUCCAAGUAUCACGGUCCCAGAUCCCUCAAGCUCAUCAGACGAUACAUCAGGCGAGAGGAAGCCGAAGCACGUCGCAUAGAGCUCAAGGAAUACAAGAAGCGACACAAGGAGCGUCGAGAAGCCAAGGAGCCACGACAAGAGAUCAGAAGAUCCCGUAUCGAAAGGCGCCGCGACAGAAGAGAGUCCAGGUUCCAACGAAUCGCAGACGAACAUCACAAUGACUCGGACUUGUCAGACGAUCAUGAUUGUCUCGAGAGGCACUGUGCCAUUAAUUACACAGAUGCUCAUAAUACGAUCGUAUACAUGGACUCCGGACGGGACUCGGAUACUAAUUCUGAAGCAACCAAUCCUUCCAUUGGUGAUCCGGACGAUGGGGGUGUGUGGACUGAUGACACAGAGGAUUGA